GGAAAGAGUCAGUGCUGCGCGGGCCUUCGUGGCGCGAGGACGUUCGCCGUACGGGGACGUAUACGUAUUUACGUAGGUGUCCCCCUGCGUGCGUGCGUGCGUGUGUGCGUGCGUGCGUGCGUGCGUACGAGCGUGCGUUCAUUCGUGCGUAAGUGCGUGCGUGUGUACGUACAUGCGUACGUAAGUGCGUAAGUGCCACCGAUCCUCCCUUCUUUCUCUUAGACAGAAUAAAAUUAAAAAAGAAAGAAAAUAAAAAUAAAAAUCAAAUUGAAAAGAUAGGGAAAAAAAGAAAAGAAAAGAAGAGAGGAGAGAUCGAUAAAAAAAAAAAAAAAGAAUUGAAAAAGAUAUAAUUAAAAACUUGAAAAUAUUUAACACAUUCUUUUUAAAAAAAAUAUCGCGCGAACUAUAUAAUCGAACAAUUUUUUCCUCUAUAUCGAACUAUAUCUUCUGAUUACGUGCGUGCGUUAUUGUUUGCGAUUUCAAUGAAAAGAGAAAAAAAAAUUAGUAAAAAGGGAAAGAAGAAGUAAAAAAAAAAAAGAAAUUCAGAUAAAAAUCGUAAAGAAGAAGUUCGAUCGUCGCCUCGAAGAGGACACUCGCAUCCAAGGCGAAGAAGAAGAAUAAGAACUAGAAAGCGUCGGACGUUGACCGAUGAGGAAUACAAAUUUGCUGUGAUCUGUAAGAAAAAAAGAUCGAAGGAAAGAUCCAGACUGGAAGGAUUAAGAGAGAUCGAGUAAAAGAUGCGGUUCCUCGUGGAGAGCCGCUCGACAACCGAUCGGAAAGGUAUCGUCAAGGAUGAUUCGUUGGAUCGGAAUGUUGGCUCUGGCCAGAUCGUGGAAAACAAUAUCAUCAGCAACAUCAUCAGCGACAGCAAAGGAAGGUGUACGAAGAAAAUUAUUAUCAACGAUAUCGAUAAAAUUAGUUUUAAAGACGAUCGUAUUAUCAUCGAAGGUAAUAAAACGUUCGAUAGGCUCGACGGGAUUAUUAAAAAAAUUCGUGAAAACGACGGAGCCAUCGAGCACGAGAACAAUAUCGAGGAAGUCGAAUACGAGGAGUUGGUGGACGUUGCGAUCAAGGAGAUCUGCGAUUUCUGGGAAUGUAUGUCAUCUAUCCGCUCGACGAGCUUCUUCGAUUAUAUGAGAAUCCUUUCCGCGAGUCCUUCGAGUCAUUGACCUUGAACGUUAACGGGAAUAAUUCUGUUUCGUCUAGUUCGAGUGGCUAUCACGAGCGAAAUCGUAAUUAUCGUCGUUCAAGUAUCGUCAAAUCGGUCAUAAUUGAUAAAAAUGAUGAAUAUGACGAUCGAACGAGAACAGAGGAAGUUAAUUUGAGGAGCGAACGUAAAAAGGAUAAUAAUAAUAAUAAUAAUAAUAAUAAUAAUAAUAGUAAUAGUAAUAAUAAUAAUAAAAAGAAAAUCAAGAAGGUUAAGCAACAAGGUGGUAAAUCCAAACGAAGGGAGGAGCCAUCACGUUACGAUAACGAUAACGAUAAUCUCCCUCGAGAUAAGGCGAGGCAGGUGCCUCGAAAAAAAGGACGGAAUAUGCAAAACAAUCGAAAUAACGCUGGCGACGAUGCCUCUGCCGCUACAGCCGCCAUCGCAGCUGCUGCAGCCGCCAUUGCUGCUAAUAAUCCUUUGAAGGACCUCACGCAACCGAAUCUUAACGAUUCUCUCAAACAGCACAAUGUCAACGCUCUCAAACUCGUCCAAACUGUGGCGGAAUUCGCUCAAGAAUUCGGGGAAGCUAUGGAGAAUCACUCGGCUAACAUCCGCAGAUUGGUCGACGAGUUUCGAAGCCGAUCUGGCGAGCCACGGCUCGAUUCGAGCGGAAUGCGACGCGUUUGGGAGAAUCUUUUGAGACAAGUCGAGGCUGAUGCUGUCUCACAUCUCGAUUUUGCCGCGGUAUUGCAACAGCAACUCUCAAGGCCAACCAUAGAGGCGAGCUUUCAUAGAAAGUUUCAAUCGCGGAAGGUUUUCUCGUAUCGGGAGGGCUACGAACAAGAGAUCGCAAAAUCAGAAGAGAAAUUGCAACGAGCCAGAGCUGAUUAUAAACGCUCAUAUGCGUCCUUAUUAACGAACGAAGGUGGAAACGAAACGGAAUUGAAGCGUCAAUACCUCGAAGCUCACAAUGCCUACGUUCUUCAAUUGAGAGCUACCAAUGCUAUAACCGAAUGUUAUCAAACCCAUUGUUUGCCUGGUUUACUCGGUGAAAUAGCCGAAGUUUACGAGGAACUUUGUGGAUUGGCUUGCAAAUGCAUCGCUGGUAUAUCGGAAGCAGCUUACGAACGUACGAGUGAACAAGCGAAACGUUAUCAAAAUGUUGGCAAAGAUGCUCAAACCGUUCUACCGAUUAACGAUUUACAGAUCCUGGCACGAAAUUUGUCGGUCAAUGCAACGCCACGUAAGCCGGUACGACGUUUAUUCGUUGCACUUUCACGACCAGAACAAGUACCUAUCGAAAAGGCUACACAAAUCCCACAAUUGAGAGAUGAAUUGGUACCUACUGGUAUCAGUACCUUACCACUUCUGGAAGAACUCAAAAGGGAACACGACAGUUUGACACAAAAAAUAGGAAGACUACAAGACGCCUUGGAUACAUUGAUUCGAAUGCAACGCAAGAGUGCCGAAGGUAAUCUUUAUACAAAGGUAGCCGAAUUACAAGAGAAUAUUUCCAUGAAACGUUUUGAGCUAGGCGUUGCACAAUUGGAUCUUGCUGCAAUACAGGCACAGAAGGAACUCUUUGGAGGGGGAGAGGCUGGUCAACCCGAUGGGAUGAGCAGCAGGAAAAUGUCCAAUGGUUCGACCGGAAGUACCAAGCACAAAUGGUUGAAAGCAUUCAAAAGUUUGAAAACGAGCUCGCCCACAACGUCACCGCCUGCCGAUAAAGGAAAACAGGCGAUGUAUCAUGCAGUCUCAACCGUAGUCGCUUUAUCCAGAAAAAAUAACGACAUUGAGGACGGUCACGCUUGGCGAGAAUAUACGUAUCGAAAGAUUACACCGUGCGAUGCAUGCGGCCAAGUACUACGUGGACAUAGUCGACAAGGUCUAAGAUGUCGUGGUUGCAAGGUCAAUGCUCAUUCCGACUGCAUCAAUCAAAUCCAACCGGUUAAGUGUCCAAGUUUGGCACCGAAAAAAAGUGGCGGUAUACCACUUUUGCGUCGUCAAAAAACUCAAGCGCCAGUCGACGAAACACCACCAGCUGAUCACAACGUGGACACCAUAUACCAGGUGCUGAAGCAGGCAGGCGAGAUACGUGGAAACUCGACAAACUCACCACCUACGCCUCCCACAGCAGAUCAUCCUCCCUCCGGUGCAGCACCUUCUUCGGCGAGGGCCUCCUCCCACCCUUGUUCCUCGUCCACCUCUGCACCACAUAGCCCGCAACGUAGACGCGAACGAUUGAAUCUGAGAAUGAAGAGUCUCAGUUUGGAUUCACCGGAAGGAACGGCGCACGUACGUCAUCGUCCAAGAGAUUACUAUGCUUCCGGUCAAAGAGAAUCAACACCGCCAAGGCACUCCGAUAGUGGCAGUAUCAAUAGAUUAUACAGAGAUUUACCGAUCUUCGCAGCUCCGUGCAGUCCAGGACAAGGUCACGCAAUGCACAAGCACAUAAGGAGCGCCAUAAGGACGUCCAGCGUCGAAUUACCGGACGAGAAUGACAAGUGUUAUUCAUCGGCCAGUACAUCACCGUGUCCUUCGCCGCAUCCCAACAAUCAGAAUCACAUGAAUCCAUCUGGGAAACGAGUACUUCCUCCGAACAAUCUUUACGUGGUCCUUUACAAUUUCGAGGCACGUCAUCGCGACGAACUGGACUUGAAGCCCGGUUACAAGGUCACGGUCAUCGAUAAAUCCGAGAAGGAUUGGUGGAAGGGUAAAUGUCUCGGCGGUCGUGCAGGAUACUUUCCCAGUGCCUACGUGAUGCGCGUUGAGUCCGGCCAAAAGACUUUACAGGUCACUCGCAACCUGCAACUGACGGAUCAGAUUACUUUGCUUAGAGAUCAGAUCGUCAUCCAAGUUGGCGAAGAAGUGGAUGGGGUAGCUAUGGUUAGAUUCGCGGCGGACGUAAGAUCGGCUGAACAUAUCGGUAAAGAGGGUGACGUGUUAUACAACGAAACCCUCUGUCCUUUGAUGUACCUACAAGAGGUGUGACAGCAGCC